ACCAUUCUUUCUUUCAACCAACAACCACUACUCUUCUCUCUUAGCUUCUUAAUCAACUCUUAGUUAGAGUAACUAUUCAUGAGUGGUGCCAUGGCUGCUACUACUACUGAUCAUCAUAAGUGGAUGAUGCAGUUGUAUGAGCAGCCUCAGAUGGAUUGUGAUGGAAGCAACAUGGCUCCUCCUAUCAUGGAAGCAUUUUCUGAUGCAACUGUGGUGACAACUAUGUCACCAGAGAGCAGCAGCAUGAUGAUGUUGAGCCAAAUAAGCAAUAGUAGUUGUAGUAGUAGUAUUAGUAAUGUUCAGUUGUUAAGUCCAAAGAGGAAUAAUAAUAAUAAUAAUAAUAAUAAUAAUAGUGCAUUCAAACCAAUCAGAAAGAGAUCAAGAGCUUCUAGGAGAACCCCAACAACCCUACUCAAUGCUAAUACCAAUAACUUUAGGGAAUUAGUUCAGAAAUUUACAGGCUGUGGUAGCACUCACAUGUCUCUAUCAAUCCAUAAGGGACCUAUUACCUUGAAUUUCCAACAAGGAAGCAAUAAUAAUGAUAAUAAUCACAAGAUGAUUCUUCAUCAUUAUCAUCAUCAUCAGCAGCAGCAGCAGCAGCAGAAUAGCACAACAACAAGUGGAACAGUUUCACCAUUUGGCACCAGAACUAGUAAUUAUUAUUUCUAUAAUCAACAAGCUCAUGAACAUCAUGAUGUAGCUGCAGUGAUGCCAUCAUCACAAGAACAGCAAAGUGGUGGUGCUGGCUUAAUCUCUACCUCCUUGGACUCUAAUCUUCCUUCUUAUGAUGUUGAUUACUUAUCAUCAUCAAGGCCUACCAGCAUGGAUGCCUCUGAAGACGGUUUGCAUCAACUAACUGUGAAUGAUUUCUCCAACAAUGGAAUUAAGGGGAGUGGUUUCUUCAUGUGAUGAUUGGUUUUGAUUCAUUUAUGGAAAAAGAAAAGAAAACACAUAUAUAUGUCUUAGUUAUUUAUUAGCAAGAGAAGUAUGCACUUCUCUUUAGUCAACUGUUGUAUGCAUAUGCUACAUAUACAUAAAACAAGAAUAAUUCAUGUUUCUUUUAUUA